AUGUCCAUAGCAACAUCCCCAGUAGCUGAUCCGAGCCAUACUCGUGGACUUCUACGGAAACAAGUACUCGCCCUAACGAAGAAGAAUUUCAUCCUUUCCCGAAGAUCCAAGAUUACCGUAUGCUGCGAAAUUCUAUUGCCGCUCUUUGUCGCAGUGAUUACCUUCGUUGUCGCACCUCUGGUGAAUCCUGGUUCUCGAGACUUGCGGACUAUUCCCGAAGCACCGUACCCGUACAACCUGAAUACCGGUGUUAGAAAUGGUUCGUUCUUUUACGCAUCUGGUUUGAGAAAAGUUUACGACAAGUUCCCACAGUUCGCAGCUGUGACGCCUUUCGAUGACAUGUUCAACAAGUCCAACUCUGUCCUAAUGCUAUUAACAUGUGCCUGCCAGCGAUUGGCAAUUGGUCCUGCUGGCUCGCGCGAGGCUGAGGAAUUCGCCGCUUAUCUCAACGGAGAAUUCAACGCUGUCUUUAAAGGGAUUCGCUUGCCGCAGUGUAAAAGGUCUCCCAUCAUAACCAUCACAACCUCAAUUGACGAUCCCAGUGAAUACGUGAGGAGUUCAGACUAUGGUUCGAGUAGUGCUCCCCUGCUCUGUGGGUACAUGGAUGUGUCCAACCCAUCGGAGUUGCUAAUAAUGGGUAAUGCUACUAUCGGGGAUCGCCGUCAGUUUAGCGCUAUCAGUAUCGACUAUAGUGAGAACAACAAAUUCUGGUAUGGCGAAAACGGUGACAUACAGCAUGGUGACCCUGAUGAGAACGGCCUGAUUUACUAUAGUGCUUUGAACUUCCCAGCGUUCUUCGGAGCAUAUAUGGAUUUCCAACGUGGAGAACAUAGGCCUAUAGCUGGCCUCUAUCCUGUGCCCUAUAAUGCUUACAGCACUCGGAGCUCGGGCAGUGAUCUCAAGCUGUUGGGAAAUGUCCUUGGUCCUUUUCUAUAUACUUUUUCUGCUUUCUCUGUUGCAAGAAAGCUCAUUUCAGAGAGGAAGGGCAGACUGCGGGAAGGUAUGCGCAUAAUGGGUCUCUAUGAUUUCCCAUACAACGUGUCGUGGUAUUUAUGGUAUGUAACUUUUUAUUUUGUAUUCUCUAUCGUCGUGGCAGCGCUAUCGUUGAUCGUUCUCCCGAUAGUCAGCGCGCUUUGGCUCUUCAUCUUGUCACUACUGUACUUCUUCGGCUCAUUGUCGUUCGCCUUUGCCAUCUCGACGCUCUUCGAGAACCCCAAUUCGGGAUCGACGUUAACUGCGGUCAUCUACUAUGUUGUUGCUAUCUCCGUAUCUGUGAUCGACCGUGAAACGAGCAAAUGGGCGAUCAGUCUACUGCCACAAUGCGCAUUCACUCUGAUCGUGCAGAAUCUUGGCCAACAGCUAUUCCUGGGUCUGGAAACUCCGUCGGCAACUUUAGCAUAUCAGAACUUCACCCUGCUACAAGGAUUGGUGAUACUGAUCGUGGACUUCAUAUUGUGGACGUUGUUGUAUCUCUAUCUGGACCAAGUCGUUCCUCACGAGUAUCGAGCAACUCGUAGAUUCUACUUCUUGUUCACUCGUGGGUUCUUGCGGGAAAUGUUUGGUAAAGAUGAGGAAGUCCCUUCUCGAGGGGAGGCGACUGAUAUUGUGCAUUCCGAGUCGAGUAGUGUUACCAUGGCUGAGGGUAUAGAAAGGCUCAAGGGGUUCAUUCAGGUUGAUUUUGGCAACGUACAUGCAGUGGACGGCCUAGAUCUCACUAUGUAUCGAGAUGAACUAUUCGUCCUCCUUGGUCAUAAUGGUGCUGGCAAGUCUACGACUAUCAAUGUCCUCAGCGGAAUGAUAAGACCAAAGAGCGGAGAUGUAACUAUUUUCAAUAGAGAGGUGCCAACGGAGAUGCCCAUUAUCAGAAGGAGUAUGGGUGUUUGCCCACAGAACAAUGUCCUGUGGGACGAUUUAACAGUGUCGGAGCAUUUCGAACUCUUCGCCAACAUCCGGGGUUUGUCGAGAGACAAGUACGCUCUGGAUUUCGCGACUGAGAUGGAACUCGGUCAUAAGUUCGGAGCACGAGUAAAGACAUUGUCAGGCGGCAUGAAGAGGAAACUAUCGGUUGGGUUGGCCUUCGUUGGCGACUCGAAGUUGGUCAUAUUGGAUGAGCCGAGCAGCGGUAUGGACCCGAGUGCCCGGCGUAGAAUGUGGGAUUUCCUGAGAUCAAAACGUGAAGGAAGAAUUCUCUGCAUCACUACGCACUACAUGGACGAGGCGGAUGUGUUAGCAGAUCGAGUUGGUAUAAUGGAGAAUGGUAAACUGACGGCCUAUGGCACCACCAGCUUCCUCAAGCAGCAAUUUGGUGCCGGCUAUACACUAAGCAUCGCCAAGAAGGACUCCACUACACCUGAUGAUCCUCUUAUCGAUGCUGUCCGGGAGAAUACCGACGACCCGUCCUCCGUGCGUGUACGGUCAAGUGCUGGUCAGGAACUCGCCCUACAGAUUCCGUUCGAGAAUGCCCCCAAUCUACCGUCCGUUUUUGAUGCUCUGAAUGUGUUCAAGUCGGAAGGCGAGAUAAGCUCUUACGGCAUAUCUGUGACCACAAUGGAAGAUGUCUUCCUGAAUGUUGCCCGACGUUCUCACGGUGAUGAUGAGCAGCUGUCUAGAUUGAGGAGUCGUACGUAUACCAAUGAAGAUAAGAGUGUUAUGCAUGAUGUACCGGUGAAGCCUCACCCGAUGCAGCAGUUCUUCGGCCUCAUGACCAGGCGUGUGAAAUACGCCUGGAGGAACUGGCCUGGGACUCUCGCGGCGCUGACGAUUCCAUUCCUGGUCAUACUCAUCCUUAUGGGUUUGCAGUAUCUAGGUGUGUCUGUGCCCGAUGCCCGCAGCUUGGCUUUGAGAUGGAGUGGCGGUACACCUUACGGUAUCUCCCAGCAGGACCACAUCAUAGGGCGGUGGGAUCUGAUGAACCCAGAUGUGGUUACAGUGCAGAGAGGCUCGGUGGACUUGCCGGACAUCAACUCGGCCACUCCCCUUACGUCAGAGGAGUUCCAGGUUUGUUCUCAAUGGAGGCCGUACGAGAUGAUUCCGCUCACGAAUGUGUCGUCUAACUUCAAUCUAUGCGCGGGUAUUCUGAGAUUCUCUGCCUCAUUGCUUGGGGAGGACACGGCAUGGUUCGAGGUGACUGCACUCGGCGUCACUUCGCGGUCUGUAUUCGCCGAUAUGACGGCACUCCACAUGGUGCCAUUUGCGCUGGCUGGUAGUGAAGCCCCUGGUGUGGUCAAUUUCCCCUUCCCACAUACGGCCUACCAGAACAGCAAGUCCCGGAGUAACAUUGUUCUCACUCUGGCAGUUGGGGGUUACUUCGCUAUAGCUCUCACGGUCAUUUCUGGCUCGUUGCUAUCAUAUGUUAUGAUGGAGAAAACGAAAGGCAUCAAGGAGCAAUUGUAUGUGAGUGGAUGUGGCCUGCUCACGUAUUGGGUGACCAGUUGGAUCUUUGACUUUUUCAUCACCUUCAUUGCUAUAUGUCCGACAUGGAUACCCCUGGCUAUCUUUGAUAUAGAAGCAUAUCUCGAUCCCAGCAAUAUGGUCGCCGUAUGGGUGUUGCUCAUUGGUUUCUGUUUCGCCAUGCCACCGUUCAACUACCUGGUCUCCCUGCUCUCACGUACUAAUACCAUAGCGACUUACAUCCAGGUCGCAUCUGGUGUCGGAGGUGGCCUUAUUGGGUCAUUUGUGGUAGCCAUUUUGUAUUUCGGCGUAGUUGCUCCGGAGCUUGGACUGGCUCUCACGUGGAUACUGAGGAUGGUGCCGACAUUCCCGGUGGCUCAGGCUCUGACUACCCUCUUCUUCACUUACCUGGGCUUCUUGAGUAGGCCGUCGGGCGGUGCUGUGAGGACUAAUGCGUUCGACUCGCAAAUGCUGAAUACGUGUAGUGAAGUGCGGCUGAAAGGUCUCGAUGAUAAGAUCUACGACACAUGCCUUGGAGUUGCGGGAGAUGAUGUCAUCAUGCUCUUCCUCUUCGGUGUGAUAUACUUCGGUCUCACCAUUCUAAUCGACUACAAGAAGAACGACGAUAAGUGGAAUCCUGACCGUGAUCUGUCUGUACCCUCGGAGAAGCUUGGUGUAGAGGAUGAGAGAGUGAUAGCGGAGAAGGACAGAGUAUCGAAGCUCGAUCCUACGACUCAAAUGAUCUACUUUAAGGAUCUCAAGAAAGUCUUCUAUCCGGGAAAGAAAAAUGAGGCAAGUCCACUGAUAAGAAAUGUAUGGGCAGUGAGGGGUAUCAAUUACGCUUUAGCUGAUGGCGGAGUGUUCGGCCUGCUCGGAGUUAAUGGUGCCGGCAAGACCACUACCUUCAGAAUGCUUUGCGGUUUGAUAAGACCAAGUUCUGGUCAUAUCAGUCUCAUUGGUCAGCCACUGCUCGGGAACGUCUAUGAGGUUCGCCAGAAUAUCGGAUAUUGCCCACAGGAUAGUCCUUUGUUGGAAGGGCUCACCACUGAGGAGCAUCUCAUGUUAUAUGGCCGAAUUCGUGGAGUGUCGUCGGCUGUAUUGAAGGAUCAUGUCAUAGAACUGUUAGGGAUCCUUCAACUAGAGCGCUACGCUGCCAAAAUGGCAACAAGGCUCUCUGGUGGUAACCAACGUAAGCUAUGCGUUGGCAUCGCCCUGGUGGGACAGCCUUCUGUGGUGUUCCUCGAUGAGCCGACGACUGGUGUUGAUCCGGAUGCAAGAAGGCGCAUUUGGGAUGUUAUUCACAAGAUAGCUCACGGGCGGGCGAAGUCUUCUGCAGUUGUGCUCACGACGCAUAGUAUGGAAGAGGCUGAUGCUCUGUGCGAAACUAUGGUCAUCCAAGUUGAUGGUCAAUUCCGCUGUAUUGGAUCAUCCCAACAGAUAAAGACGGACUACGGUCAAGGGUUUAAAUUGUGGAUAUCUUUCACAGAGCUAUCGCCUGCUGCGAGUGCUGAGCUCCUCAGAAAGUUCCCUGUCCUGAAGGAAGCCGUGGAGAAAGACAACUCACAAAGAUUGACAUUGACCGAUGAGGAGUUGACGACGUCUCUCAGCCUACUCGGAAUAACGGAACCUCGUGUCAUCCAGAGUAUCAUGACCACCGGUACCUUGAAUGAGUAUGAUAAUAAACGUAUAUUUACUAUUUCGUCAUUGUCCGCGGCGGUGAUGAGUGGAGCUUUGCACGUUAGGGCUCUCCACUGGAUGCAUUCCCAUAUAUCUCCCGAAUGUGAAAGUGUCGGGGAAAUCGGGGAAUUCAGUUUGCCUCGUACCAUUAGUCUCGGUGAAGUUUUUUCUAAGUUGUCCGAUUCAAAUAUAAAAGAAGAACUUUGCUUCAACGAUUUCCAAUUAUCUCAGACGACCCUUGAACAGAUUUUCAACAGGUUUGCUCAUGGCGAUCAUUCUGUUUGAUGUAACAACUGAAGUUAUGGGUGGCUAGAAGCAGCCGGCUCAGCACACUCUGCUUUCUCUCCUGUCUUCUGUAAUUUGUACGUCUAGAUAUCAACUGGUCCCCAAUUUUGCUCACUAAGUGUCAGCGUUA